GAUGGCGUCAAACUGGAAGUUGUUGACAGUCUCAUAUGGCAGGAAAAUUAUUCUUUUGGCGCUUCUGUUGAACAUUGACGUUUGUGUAGGCAUAGCCUCGACUUCUAUUGACUGCACGAAUGGUGGAAUUCCUGGACAAAAUAAAACAAUAGUCUGCACAAUAACUGAUACUAUAACUCAUGGAAUCCAGUGGAUGCGACCAAAUGGUGGAAUGCGAUAUGAGAUCGUACUGUGUAACACUGCUAACACUACUUGCUCAUCGUUUACAGCUGGCUACACUGGUCAUAUUGACUCACCUACACAACACACUCUUACGAUAGAAUCAUUUGACACCACAAAAGAUAUUGGACAAUGGAUUUGCCGUGAUGGACCAAACGGAAAUGGUCCGAUGUCAUGUAACAUGACUCUCUUUAUUCCAGUUCCCAAUCCAGAGAAUCAGGUUUCGGAAUCCACCAUUAGCAUAAUAGUAGUGGUUGCUGUUCUACUGGUCGUCGCUGUUGCAGUAUCUUGGUUCUAUUACAAGAGAAUGAAGCGGCAACCGAAAGCUGAGGAAGAGAAAACUAAAAACAAACAACAAGAGGCUCAAGAUCAAACGAGUCAACAUGACAAUCCUGCUUUGGAAAUGAUAGAUUAAUUAGUGUUAUGGAGUACAACAACCAUUUGAUCGAUAAAUUGACUACACGUUUUAUGAUCGAGUAUAGUUUUCCAUCACUAGUGAUUUUCUGAUUAAUGGAUCCAUCAACCAUUUGACGGAUAAAUUACAUGUUUGAUAAUCUAGUACAAUCUGUCAUAUUAGUAACUAGUGUUGUACUGAUUAAUGGAGCUCACCGACCACUGUCCACGUGAUCCAUUUGCGUAACUGAUCGAGUACACUUUUCAAGAUCAAGUACAGCACAGAAUAUUUCAAGUUCUCUGGUGGCCAAUGCACUAACAAAUAUGUUUAAUGUCUGUUUAAAUUACUCUUUAUUCUAACAUUGCAAUAAACAAUGUCUUUAAAACACAGCAGGGGUUGAAAUACUAUUAUAGAGAAUCAGGUGCCAACUGUUAACCAUGAUGAGUUAAGUUGGGGCCUAGUUAGGAACCACAGGUGAUUAACAUAAUAUUAUACAGAAUCAGGUGCCAACUGUUAACCAUGAUGAGUUAAGUCGGGGCCUAGUUAGGAACCACAGGUGAUUAACAUAAUAUUAUAGCGAAUCGGGUACCAACUGGUGACCAUGAUGAGUUAUGUUGAGGCCUAGUUAGGAACCAUACGUGAUUACGACUACUAUGGGGUCUAAUAAAAAACCUGUAUAUUAUUUCAACACCUGCACAGAUCACACAUUUUCUAUAAUUCUUAUAUUAUUUAUAUGAACAGAUAAAUAGUUGCGCGCACGUGUUUGUGUGUGCGUCUGUGUGUGUGAGAGAUAGUGUGUGUGUGUGGUGUGUGUGUGUGUGUGUGUGUGUGUGUGUCCCAAUCGAUUAAUUGUCAACUAUAAUCGUCCAUGGGUGGUUCACGUAUAUGCUAUUCAGAGAUUAAAAAAAAAUAUAUAUAUACUAUAAUAUACAAGUUAAACGUUUAGCUUUGUUAUCUUAGAGUUCAUGUUACUGAUGAUACCACUGUUUUUCGUUUCUAAUCGGACACCACUACCCUGAACACCGGGAUAGGAUCUGAGAUGUCGGGUUUCUUCUUGUAGUUUUUGUACUAAUCGAUAACAUGUUAGUUUAAUUAGACGAUCUUACAUAAGAGAUCGCUCUAGCUCUGACCCAACUUAUAAGCAAGCCUAGAGGACACUCGAAUUAAUCAGAUAUAUGGAUGGGGUUUUGUUUUGUUAGGGUUUUUUGUUAAUUAAAUUCUUGUUCAUUGGCAGAAUAAAUUUUGUAUCUGGUUAUGACCUUAGAGAUGUUUCAUCACCAAUAUUUGUUUGUUGUUGGUGGGUUGAUGGGUUUUUGGGGAGGACGGUAGGUUUAGGUUGUUGGGUUUUUUGUUUGUUUGUUUGUUGUUGUUGGUUUUUUUUUUUGGGGGGGAGGGUUGAGUUUUUUUUAGGAGUUUCUCUCAUUGCGACUAUAAGAGGAAAAAGUGGUAACUCAAUAGUUCAAUAAUAUUUUCUUUGACAGAAACAAGAGUUUGAAGCUAAAAAUUCGGCAUCAAUUCAGUGAACUUGUUAAUUUAAUAUUGCAGGCCUGUAACCAGCAUGCUUUGUAAGGGGGGUCGACUUUGAAUCAGGAGGAACUCAUGCGGAGGGCGUAAUCAACGGAUGGAAUGGGGGUCAUCCCUCAGAAAUAAAUUAGAAUAUUGAUCCUUCUUAAGCGCUAUUCUAGCGUGUUUUCAGCUGCUUUCGAUGGAUUUUUAAAAUCGUGCUUUAUUAUUUUGUUUGAUCCAGCCCGUGGAAUAGACUGCAGACAGCAUAACCUUUAAAAAAGUGUGUCUUGUUUAACAACACCACUAGAGAACAUUGAUUUACUAAAUCAUCGGCUAUUGGGUGUACCUAAUCAUUUAGUAAUCGUUUAGUAACGUAAUUGAGCUAGUACUAUAUUGUCCAACUAAAGUGGACACACACACACACCACAUAUCAGGUUACGGGCCAGUAUUGUGUCAUGAAAUAAAACAGAAAUAUGCAGAUCAGUACACAAUACUACAAAGUGAAUUUUAAAUAAUGGCUUUAAAAUCAAACGACACACUCGAAUUCAUGGUACCUGACAUUAUAUAUGUACCGGUAUAAUUUUAUAAAAUUUAAUACUCUCUCUCUCUCUCUCUCUCUCUCACACACACACACACACACACACAAACACUACGCCACUUGUAUCUGGCGCACCUGCAUGAACAUGAAUUUUAGCAGAGGGAAACUUAACCUUAAUACUAAACCAGGGCCGUAGCUAGCGGGGGGGGGGGGGAGGGAGCAGAAAAACAUUAGGAAAGCAUUAUAGAAACUUAAAGAUAAUUCUCUUUUUAACCGUGUAAGGAGGUUUAGACUAUUAAAUAUUCAGUUGCACACACCCCGACAAAAGAUCCUAGCUACGGCCCUACAAACGUGUUCGUCCUUGGAAAGCUUCGGGCUGGGUAUAUGGUAGUUAUCCAAGGUAAACUUCUGCGGUCCGGUUUUUUUUUUAACAUUUUGACAUUUAUUGGACCUCCGAUCAGCAUUAAAGGCAUACUGUCACGGAUUUAAGGACCUGAUUUCU